UUCUUCUUCUUCAACCUUCAUCCCCAAAUUCUGCUUCACAUCUAGCUAGGGUUUCCGGACCAAAAAAGUUCGUAAAUUAAUCACAAAUUGAAGGUGGAACUGGGAGGAUGGGAUAAUCUGGUGGGAGCAAUGAGGGGUUUCAACCCAUCCAACAUGGGUGGGGGCUGCUGGUACGAGCCAACACAGAAAAGGAUUCCAAGGAGGGUCUGGUUAAGCUUCCAAAAUUCAAUGGGUGUCCUCGUGGGUGGCAAUCAUACUUCCUCCAGGUUUUGCACUCGCUAAUUCCUCAACUCCUUUCUCCCUCUCCGGCUUUCAAUUUUUCACUCUCUCAAUCUUUGUUCGACAAAGUUCCUGUCUUUUUGACAAAACAUUCUCGUACUUGAAUUGAACUUGAGAAUUUCAUGGACACUAAGGCCCUGAAAUUCAAGAUCCUUAAUGGGUCCAUAGCGAGGCGCGUGUUCUUUCGUUCAAUCUUACUCGCCUCUGCAAUUUCCGUCGUUUUUCUGAUCCGCAUUAUAUCGAUAUUCGAUUCGGGAUCUUUGGCUCCCAUGAUGACCACCAAUAUUCAAUGCGAUUCGCGUUUCGGAAACGUCACUUUGAGCCCUGGUUCCUACUUGUUUCGGAGCCAUAUCUUCACCACAUUCUGGGGCUCCGUGAAUUGCGUCAAAGACGUGAACUUGACGGUGAACGUGGUCAAUGAGCUAAUGGGUAAGCAGUUUUUGGACUGUGGAGCCAAAAGCCUUUGCAUUGGAGAAGGGUCCUCAAUGGCCAUCGUGGCAAUGAAACAGUUGGGAUUCUCCAGUGUCAGUGGUGUCCACAGACACCGAUUUUUCUCCCUCAAGCAGAGGAAGAUCGUGUACGAGUUUGAUUACCAGGAUGGUUCAUUCGAUUUCGUAUUGUCAAGGGACCUAGACAAGGUUUCAGUCCCUGCAUUGCUUGUGCUUGAGGUUGAACGCAUCCUUAAGCCUAAUGGAAUAGGUGCCCUUCUUGUGGGUAACACUGGUUCACAAAUCAAUGAUUUGAUAAGGUCAGCUACCCCAGUGUCCUCUUUAUUGAGAUCUUCCAGCGUUGUGCACGUUGGUUCAAUCAAUGAACUUAACCUUGUGGUUUUCAAGAAAAGAUCUCAAAAUGCUUGUUCCUUCUAUCAGUAUAGUUUACCAGCAGAUUGUCCAAGUGUCACUUUCACCAAACCUCUCAUAGAGCUGAUGGAACCUCUUGUUGGUGAAAAACCACAUCCUGAGGAUGAGAAAAGGAUUCCCUAUUUGCCUAAGUUUGUGGAUGUUUCUGCUAGGAAGCGGAUGGUGUAUAUUGAUAUUGGGGUAGGGGAGCUCCUGAAUGCAAAUGUCAGUGAUUGGUUCAUGCCAUCAUAUCCCAUUGAUCAGAAAGCUUUCAAUGUCUAUUUUGUUCACUACAACACUUCCAUUCUGUUAUCCUAUGUGAAGCGACCUGGCAUCACCUUUGUUUAUCAUCCUGGAUUGGCUGGUAAGGUCACGGCCAAGCUUGGUACAGAUGGAGACCUGGAUCCUUUUCUUGGGGAGGAAGAGUUUGAUUUCCUUGCCUGGUUCAAAGAAACUGUGCAAUAUGCAGAUUUUGUGGUCCUGAAGAUGAAUGCAGGAAAAGUUGAACUCAAGUUCCUCUCGGAUAUAUUUGACAGUGGAGCUAUAUGCUUUGUUGAUGAGUUGUUUCUCAGAUGCCCAGAGAAGGGAGGUGAUGAUAAAACUUUGACUAGCAAGGAAAAUUGCAUGGAUAUUUACAAGGGUCUCAGAAGCAAUGGCGUCUAUGUCCAUCAAUGGUGGGGAGACUAAAUUUCAUCAACGACCUUAGGUGCUAAAUCUUUUAUGAUUAUGGUGUAAGAGAAAUUCUGUGUGUGUACAAGAACUUCUCUGCGUUUGAUGUAUUGGACUAUAGUCCAAUUAU